AUGAUUCAAAUACUGGACAAAGAGGUCUACUAUCAUAUGAACGAACCGGACAUCACAUUAAAUCGUAUAGUGGAUGGCGAGGACGCAGUGGUGUCGGGUAAACCAUUACAAGCACCAUGGGCGAUCAAUUUUCAAUUCAGAGCACUAGCCGUUAUGGACACCGACAGAUGUUCCGGUUCAUUGAUUGCUUUGAAUUGGGUCUUAACGGCCGCACAUUGUGUGCCUAAAAAAUGGUUUGGAAAAUGGGUGAUAAGGGCCUCGCAGUAUAGGAGCGUCGGCUUUCAGACCCGACACGUGAACCAGACAUUUAAGGCGUCGAGCGGUGCGGACUUGGCUUUGAUUCAAACGGACCGACCCUUUGACCGACUCCGAGACCGAACCCUAAAGAGACACUACUCUAUAAACACUGUAUGUCUGCCGGAAAUGAAUCGGAAUUUUAUUUCAGGAAAUGUGACGGUAUUUGGUUUCGGGUUCACUGGAGACAACUUAAUGUUUCAAUCGGAUAAACUACAAAAGGCUAUACUAGAGCUCUGGUCUUAUGAUUCUGUGACUGAACUGUGGUGUGACUUGAAUUAUGGCACUGAGAAACUCUGUGCCAAGUUUAUCAAAGGCAGGCUCUGUCAGGGUGAUUCUGGCGGCGGUUGGAUACACUAUAACGAUCGGUACGGCACUCAGGCGGUGGUGUCGGGCGUCACUAAAUCUACUGAUUUAGAUGCCAAAGGCGAUUACAAGAAUCACCAGAAAUAUGGCAUAAAUACCGAUGAAUGCGGUCUAAGAUAUGAACCGAUUUUAGUUGAUAUAAAUUAUCCAAAGAAAUGCUUUCUAACCAAUCACUCAAUGAUUCAGAUACUGGACAAAGAGAUCUACUAUCAUAUGAACGAACCGGACAUCACUUCAAACCGUAUAGCGGAUGGUGAGGACGCAGUGGUGUCGGGUAAACCAUUAGAGGCACCAUGGGCAAUCAAUUUUCAAUUCAGAGCACUGGCCGUUUUGGACGCUGACAGCUGUUCCGGUUCAUUGAUUGCUUUGAAUUGGGUUUUAACGGCCGCUCAUUGUUUAAAAGAGGCCUCGCAGUACAGGAGCGCCGGCUUUCAAACCCGACACGUGAACCAGACAUUUAAGGCGUCGAGCGGUGCGGACUUGGCUUUGAUUCAAACGGACCGACCCUUUGACCGACUCCGGGACCGAACCCUAAAGAGACACUACUCUAUAAACACUGUAUGUCUGCCGGAAAUGAAUCGGAAUUUUAUUUCAGGAAAUGUGACGGUAUUUGGUUUUGGAGACACUGGAGAAAACUUACUUUUGCAAUCGGAUAAACUACAAAAGGCUACACUAGAGCUCUGGCUCCAUGACUGGCCGGUGACUGGCCGGUGGUGUAACCUUAAUUAUGGCAUUGGGUAUCUUUGUGCAACGUUUAUCAAAGGCAGGCUCUGUCGGGGUGAUUCGGGCAGCGGUUGGAUACACUAUAACGACCGGUACGGCACUCAGGCGGUGGUGUCGGGCGUAACAGAAUCUACUGAUAGAGAUUCCAAAGUUAAUAUAAAUUAUCCGAAGAAAUGCUUUCAAACCAAUCAUUCAAUGAUUCAAAUAUUGGACGACGAGGUCUACUAUCGUCUCAACGAACCAAACAUUAUAUCGAGUCGUAUAGUGGAUGGCGAGGACGCAGUGGUGAGGGGCAAACCAUUGCAAGCACCAUGGGUAGUUAACAUUCACUUUAGACUUCUCACUCUUAUAGACUCCGAGGGCUGUUCCGGUGUAUUGAUUGCUAUGAAUUGGAUCUUAACGGCCGCCCAUUGUAUUGAUAGCCGUUGGUACGGAAAAUAUGUGAUAAGGGCGUCGCCGUACAGAAGCACCGGCUUUCAGACCCGACAUAUUAACCAAACAUUUAGUUCGUCGAGCGGUUCGGACAUUGCUUUGAUUCAAACGGACCGACCCUUCACUCGACUCCGGGACCGCACACUAAAGAGACACUACUCUAUAAACACCGUAUGUCUGCCGGAAAUGAAUCUGCCGUUCACUUCGGGAAAUGUGACUGUUUUUGGUUUUGGUUUUGUCGGCGAAAACUACACUAUUUUCCCGCCGUUGGCCGAUAAACUACAAAAGGCUGUACUCGAGCUCUGGUACUGGGAUUUGGCGUUUGACGACUGGUGUGACUAUAAUAAUACAAUCUGCGGCUCAACUAUCAAAGGCCGGUUAUGUCAGGGUGAUUCGGGCAGCGGUUGGGUUCAGUAUAAUGAUCGAUAUGGGACUCAAGCGGUUGUUGUGGGCAUUACUAAAUCGAUUGAUUUAAAAGGAGGGGAGGUCUACUAUCAUAUGAACGAACCGGACAUCACUUCAAGUCGUAUAACGGAUGGCGAGGACGCAGUGGUUCCGGGUAAACCUUUGAUAGCACCAUGGGCAGUUAGUAUUCACUUCAGGGCACUGGGCGUUAUAAGCACAGACUUGUGUUCCGGUGUAUUAAUUGCAACGAAUUGGGUCUUAACUGCCGCCCAUUGUAUUGACGACUCUUGGAUUGGAAAAACAGUGAUCAGGGCCUCACCCUUUGCCAGCGCCGGCUUUCAGACCCGACACGUGAACCAAACAUUUAACUCGUCGAGCGGUGCGGACUUGGCUUUGAUUCAAACGGACAAACCUUUUGAUCGUCUUCGGGACCGCACACUAAAGAGACACUACUCUAUAAACACCGUAUGUCUGCCCGAAGCGAACCGUACGUUCACUUCGGGAAAUGUGACGGUAUUUGGUUUUGGUUACACCGACGAGAGCUAUAUAUCAGUUGCCGAUAAACNUAAAGAGACACUACUCUAUAAACACCGUAUGUCUGCCCGAAGCGAACCCUAUAUAUCAGUUGCCGAUAAACUACAGAAAGCUGUGGUGGAGUUGUGGUCCGUCGAUCCGGUGACCCGAUCGUCGUGUGCUCUGAGUUUUGGCAAUACUAUCCUCUGCGGGUCGUAUAAGAAAGGCCGGACAUGUAGGGGUGAUUCUGGCGGCGGUUGGAUAGGCUAUAACGACCGGUACGGCACUGAAGCGGUAGUGUUGGGCAGCCAUUUAGGAUCUGAUGCAAGCGGUGAAAUGAAUGCAGAGUUUGUAUCGAAAGGCGAUUACAAGAAUCACCAGAAAUAUGGCAUAAAUACGGAUGAAUGCGGUCUAAGAUAUGAACCGAUUUUAGUUAAUAUAAAUUUUCCUAAGAAAUGCUUUCAAACCAAUCAUUCAAUGAUACAAAUACUGGACAAAGAAGUCUACUAUCAUAUGAACAAACCGGACAUCACUUCAAGCCGUGUAGCGGAUGGCGAGGACGCUGUGGUAUCUGGCAAACCAUUGCAAGCACCAUGGGCA